CGUGCUGUUGCCUCCGUUUGGAACACUUUAUCCUUCCACUAUCUAACUGUGUCUCACUUUUUCCUGCAGACUCUGGCCCCUUUUCUCAGAUGGGUUUCCUGACCACCCCCAACCCCGGCCGUGGGAGACUUUGACUUCAACGGUUCAGGGUCCCCAGGUCCGUGGGCACAGGGGGCCAUCAGUGUUGGUUAAAUUAUAAGAAUCACUCACACAUGGCAUCACCAACCACGUACCAGACCCUACUCUAAGCGCUUGACAGAUGGAAGGUUCCAUCGCUUUCUCCAGACCAUGACCGAGGCAGAGACCAGGGUGCGCUCCUGAGGACGGAGGCCGAGUCUCGGUGCCCACUCCUGUGACCUAGCGCCCCACACAGAGGUGUGUCUUCCUCGGGCCGCCUGGGACCUGGGACGCGAGGGGCAGGGCCCAGCCGGCGCCAGGCCUCGGAAUCCGCCCGGCCCCUCACCUGAGCCGCCAGCCGCCGCCCGCACUUCCUCGCCCCGCCCCGCCCCACCCCGCCCCUUCCACAUUCCUGCCCCGCCGGCCCCGAGGCCGCCGCUCCGCGGCGCCUGGCCCUCCCUCCGCUGCCCCGCGAUGAAGGCGGCCCAGGCCUCAGGCGAGGAGGCGCCGCCCGGCGCGCGGUCCGUCAAGGUGGUCCUGGUGGGCGACGGCGGCUGCGGGAAGACGUCGCUGUUGAUGGUCUUCGCCGAGGGCGCCUUCCCCGAGAGCUACACCCCCACGGUAUUCGAGCAGCUCACCGUGAAUCUGCACGUGAAGGGCAAACCCGUGCACCUCCAAAUCUGGGACACAGCAGGGCAAGUCGACUACGACCGCCUGCGGCCCCUGUUCUACCCUGAUGCCAGCGUCCUGCUCCUCUGCUUUGACGUCACCAGCCCACACAGCUUUGACAACAUCUCUAACCGGUGGUACCCGGAGGUGAAUCACUUCUGCAAGGAGGUGCCCAUCAUCGUCGUGGCCUGCAAGACUGACCUGCGCAAGGACAAGUUGCUGGUGAAGAAGCUGCAGAAAAAUAGGUUGGAACCUGUGACCUACCACAGGGGCCAGGAGAUGGCACGGGCCGUGGGCGCCGUGGCCUACCUCGAGUGCUCGGCUCUGCUCCAGGAGAACGUCCACACCAUCUUCCAGGAGGCGGCCAAGGUGGCCCUCAGCAGCCGCCGUCGCAACUUCUGGAGGCGGAUUACCCAGAGCUGUUGUGUGGUGACUUGAUGGGCUGGGGCGCUCCUUCCCUGACCACACCAGCGGCACAGGAAGGAGCUGGGCGCUGACCUGGCCAGUUGGCUGGGCUGGACCCAGUCCCCAGGCUGUGACCACCGAACUGUACCCCAAACAGAUGGACACCACCGAGGCCGGGCCCCUGACUCUGGCGCUGGUAUCCCUGGACUGGAGAGAAACCCCUCUGAAGCCUGAGGAAGGGGGUUCCCGGGCUCACCAGCCCUGUGGAGGGCUAGGCCUGGAGACCCCUGGAAUCACUCCCAGCACCCAGCCCUGGACUACACAUCCUGGAGCGGCCUGUGCAGCCUGGCGCCACCUCGUGGGUGUUCUCGGGCCUGCACCUUCAGGACCCGGUGGUGCUAGGACCCUCCAGCCAGAAUUCACACCCUGCCCCGUCCCCCUUCGCCCUGCCCAUCCCAGUGGUAACUGUAACACUAAAAUGACAUCACUUUUCAGUUGCGUCACGCCUCUUGUUUCGAAAUGCCUUUACACACACGUUCCAUGGUGGAUAAGAGCACACCCCACGUAGGCACUGGACCCAGUGUAACUACCUUGGAUCCAAAUCCGGCUUUAUCACUUUAGAACCCUGGGCAAGUUACUGGAAUUCUCUGGGCCUCUCGUCUGUGAAAUGGGACCAAUCACAGAUGACCUCAUGGAACUUUGGGAUGAGUAAGAGCAUCAUGAGACACCUGCGAAGAACGUAGCAGGUGCCUGGCACACAGUAAGUGCUCACAAAAGGUUCACAGGUGUCACUUUUAUUUAUGAUAAAUACAAUAGACAAUA